ACAGUCCACAUUUCUAAACCCUCGUUGAAAUAACUUAAGUAUGCCCUCUUUCUCCCUCUCCCUCCCUCUCUCUCUGACGCGGGGGGGCUUGCCCUCUAAAUAAACUUUGGAGCUCAUAGGGGGAGAGAAAGAGACAGAGAGACAGCAGAGGGCUGAAGUCAUCAGCCGGCCGGCAGGAGGGGAGUGAAUGGGUCCUGCACGCAAAGCAGAAAAGCGCUGAAACUGCGGAGAUUUACUUUGGUACAGUUGCCUGCUGCCGACAGCGAGCGACAGGAGGUGUGUAUGCUUAACAGCCAACAAGAGCUACGAAACCUUCAACUUACAGAUUUUUCUUUUAUAAUUAGUGUCGGUCCUGUGGUGGCUUUUUACUUUUUGUGCUUUAGCUGAUGCUGAGAUGAAGUCGAGACCCUUAGGGCGCCUGGCACAUUAGGGUAUCAACUCACACCGGGACGCACGGCGCAUCUCCACUGAGACAGACGGGGAGAGGAGGAGAAAGGUCAAUUUGGAGUUCUGCACAUGGAUAUGAUGUCUCAAACUUUCUGAGAGUCACGCUAAACAUAAAAAAAUGUUGUAUUCCUCUUUCUGACCUACACUAAUGAUUGAAUUUGCUUUCCUCCUGCGCGCACCGGAUGAGAAUCGAGCUUUUUGGCGUGUUUGUUUUUUGUUUUUUGGAAGGGAUGUUCUUUAUCACAGCACGGAUAACGGAUCCCUGACUCAGUCUGGCUUUCUUGGCACAUAUGAAGAUCCUAUCCAGGAUGUUACAGUCUAAGCGGCCCAGGCAUCAUUGGGCCACCGUGCACUACCAUCACCACAUAUCACCACAUAGCUGGGGGUCCUGUUGUGUCUAGGAAUUAGCUACCCUCCACACUCUGCCUCCGUCUGGGGGGAAGAAAACGGAAUCUUAUCCAAUAAGUGACUUGGUGAACAUUGACAUUGGCUUUACGAGUCUCAUCUCUGGGCUACUAUGCAAUUACAACUGAUCUCCUUUGUUUGGAUCAUCUUGCACUGCAUGGAUUACACUGGUUGUCAGCAGCACAGCAGCUCCAGGCACCGGCAACAUAAACAGAUCUCUGGUGUGAGCUCAGGGUGCCAGCAGGGUGGCUGUCUGACCUGCUCUGACUACAAUGGCUGCCUGUCCUGCAAGCCACGCUUCUUCAUGCAUUUGGAGAGGAUUGGGAUGAAGCAGAUCGGGGUGUGCAUGACUUCCUGUCCUCCGGGCUUUUAUGGCACACGCUCCCCAGAAAGAAACACCUGCACGAAGUGCAGGUCGGAGUGCGACUCCUGCUUCAACAAGAACUUCUGCACACGCUGCCGAGCAGGAUUCUACCUUCACCUGGGCAAAUGCCAGGAGAACUGUUCUGAGGGGCUGGUCCGCAGCGACACGCAGAGGGAGUGUGUUCCCAGGUGCCCCGCAGAGUGUGAGUCGUGUGUGAACGGUGAAACAUGUACGCGGUGCCGGCCGGGCCUGUACCAGCUCAGCGGGAGGUGCCACCAUGUCUGUCCAGACAACUAUGAGCCCAAUGACAAACUCAUGGAGUGCACACCACAAGUGCACUGCGAGGUGGGUGAGUGGAGUGAGUGGAGCCCCUGCUCCAGGUCCGGUAGAACCUGUGGGUUCAAGCGAGGGCAGGAGACCCGCACACGGCAGGUUCUCCAGUACCCAUCACCCUUUGGCAAUCCCUGCCCUGAGAUCUCAGAGAUCAAAGAGUGCCUGGUCAAGAGGAGGAAAUGUCCAGGAGGACGGAGGAAGACCGAGCGAAGAGAGCGGAGAAAUCGCAACAACCGCAAAGAUAAGGAGAACCAAGAGGGGCGACGGGAGAGGAAGAGAGAAAGGGAGCGGGAGAGGGACACAGGUGAACGUGAAGACUCUGAUAACAGGAACAAAACGGAGCACAGGCAUCGCAGAGGCCACGACACAGACCCAGUCUCCCCUCAAGAUGGCCUUGUACAGUAGUGCUCUGGACAGACAAAGUCUAGAGCCUCCCUGCCCUCCACCUGUUAUCAUCCUAUUCUUCCUCCUCCAAAACCUCCCCAUCCUCACCCACUGUUCACCCCCCUCGACCCCUCUCUGCAGGGGUGUUGCUGCUACCUGUAUGAUUUGAAUAUAAUGUUUAUGCACAAGCGGGAUGGGGCAUAUUCAGCCACAAGGCUUGGGCCACUAUGGACUUAAAAAGUCUUUUUUUUCUACCCUGUAGCCUCUGCUCCUUCACUUCCACCACUGAGAGAGUGUCUCUGUUGAAAAGUGCAGGAGACACUGCUGAGACUGCUGUUGGGACUGAAGAACAAAGUAAGAGACGUCUGUGACUGUGUGGCAGACAGACGGACAGCGAGACAAAGACAAAGACAAAGACGUUAUACUAUGUGCUUGUUGAUAUGGUUAUUUAAUGGGGCCCUGCGCGUCUUGGUUUUUGAAUGUAGAUUUUGCAACAUUAUGUAGAACAAUUGUUUAUUAUUGUUGUUCCUGUUCUUUAGAUCUCUUUACUUUAUUUUAUUUGGUGCAGAAUUUGUAAAGAAAAAAUAAAAGUGAGUUUGCUAUUGCCAUCUUGUGACAUCUUCAUAAUCGCUGCCAGAUGUAGGAGAACCUGCAUGCUGUGAAUCAAAGGAGUGUGGUCGAAAACUGACAACCAUUAACAUGUGUUCUGUAUGUCUUGGACAAAAGCUAGUUUUAUCCAGAUAAGUGAUAAAUCUAAUCUACCAUUGGUUUUUCUUUUUGUGUAAAUGGAAUAUGUGCUCUCAGUAAAGCUCCUUGACUAGGAACCAAAAGCACCUGUAUGUCAAAUAAAACUAUAAUGGGUUUGUA